UUUUUUUUCUUCUUCUUCUUCUUUAAAUAACAAAAAAAUAAAGAUAUGACUACAGCUACUCCUUAUAGCGUGGAAGGUAUUCAAGCCAAGGUAAAGGAAGUGAUUGCUCGUCUUGAUGUUGAGUUAUCUCAGUUCAAGUAUGCCAAUGAAUUUGAGGCCAGAACCGGUGUUCCCAAGAGCUACGUUGCCCUUGGCGCUGGUGGUGUUGCAUUUUUAAUGAUCUUUUUCAACUUGGCUGGUCAACUCUUGACCAACGGUAUCUCCUGGCUUUAUCCUGCUUAUGCUUCCUUCAAGGCGAUUGAAUCACCUGGUAAAGAAGACGAUAAGCAAUGGUUGACUUACUGGACCGUGAUCGGUUUCGUUCAAAUGGUCGAAUACUUUUCAGACAUCCUUCUCUAUUGGUUCCCCUUUUACUAUCUUUUCAAGACAUUAGUCGUUCUCUAUCUUGCUUUACCCCAGUUCAGAGGUGCUGAAGUUGUCUAUAACCGUUUCUUACGUGUCUAUCUCCUUGGUGCACAAAACGAUAUCGAUGCCCAAGCCAACAAGCUUAAGGCCAAGUUCCACAGUGCUCAAACUGAUAUCACUGCUGCUGCCACCUCUGCCACUCUCAAGACCGAUUAAAAUAAUACCACCCCCUUUUUUUUUUCUUAUAUAAACACAAAAAAAAAAUAUUUAUUUAUCACUGAUUUAUCACAUGGUGUCGCCUUUCCA